CGCAGAAAUCACCAUUUUGGCCGAUCUUUACAUGAUUCUCGGGCUCAUAUAGCCUUCAGCCGACUCGGAUUUGCUGCUGGACAAUUUCCACUGGCCCCGGAUGGUACCGAACGUUUGAAAGGGAAUGCUGAUGCCAAAGGCGGCACCUAGGUUAAAGGUGGGUUAGGCCCUCGCCGUCAGCAGUCUCGAAUUGAUUGAACCAAUGUCUACGGUGGGCCUGGUGGGCUUAGCUCAUCCACGCCAAGCCUUACGACGAACGAACUACUCCCGAUGUCAUAUCUUCCCCCGCCAUCCUCAUCCGGAGCUGGUCUACCAAUUAGUCAGCCCCAACGAGAACCACAGGGUGCUUUUGACCACCAGGGCGGUCAGAAUGAGGCGCCACACCACGGAUUCCACGGACAGCAGGGAAAGCAGCGAGAGCAGGGACGGCAGGGACAGCAACAGCAACAACCUUUAUUCCUGAACCCCUCCUGCUUCUGGCUGCCCGCUCACCAUUUCCCACUGAACGUGCCCAUUGAAGAACCCCAGCGUCAUCAAUUGAUCGACGUAGCCCAAAAUAAUCCAUUCCAGCCUCCGCUUGAACCCAUUCAUCAUCUUCCGUUUGGGUCCACUUCCGGAGGCGCGCCUCGUGGACAUAUGAAUACCGUGCCGCCGUCUGGUGAGAAAUCAGGUCCACAUUUGCCGGUCCCAUCCGGGAUUCCACAGCGUCAACAGCAGCCAGCACAACCUCAAACGGGUCCCUCUGCCGCUGGGACCGAGGCAUCAGAAGGCGUAGAUACAAGGUACAUGCAUGGCGACCUGAACAUCCUCAGGGCCGAGCAGUACGGCGAUGGACUACCUGCCCCGAAGGGCCUGGUCAGUGGUGGUCAUACUUGGGAGCAUCCACCUCUAGGUAGUAACAGUGGCCCAGUUUCAAAGAAGAGGCCUAGGCGUUCAGUUGAUGCUGAGCCCAAGGAGCCAGAGGAACCAGACGAGGACAAGAAGCGGGCACGGGGUCGGCCGAGGUUAGAUACGACGGAUCAGACACCCCAGGAGCGUCGACGAACCCAAAUUCGGCUUGCGCAAAGGGCAUACCGCAACCGCAAGGAGAGCACCAUAUCCGACCUGCAAAAGGAGGUCGAUGGACUCAAAGCAGUGAAUGGCCAGAUGAGCCAGGCCUACCAAGACUUGUUCAAAGCUGCUGCGCGGAAUGGCUUACUGGAUCAAAGCCCCGACUUUGCGCAGCAACUUCUCAAGCUUCAAGAAUUAGCCAACCACGCCCGAGACGACACCAAGGAAGUCCCCAAGGAAACCUUGUCGACGCCGGAGCGAGACGUCGAAGAAGUCAGUCUUGCCCCAAAUCCACCGGCUUCCAAGUCGAGUAGUGGACCCAGUGUAGGAAAUGCAGAAGCAGCUCAGCAGCCAGCGCAACAGCAUUGGGGUGGCGUGGUGGUAACCCAUGAGCCCAUCCCCGACCAAGCCAUCUCCCACUUUCCCCGAGGUCUCCCCGAUCUCACAGCCCUCCACCACGACUCGCCCAUCUCGUAUGAAAUCCUCACCCAGCCCACCUCUCAAAACGCCAGUUUCCCACCCCACAUCUCCUUUGACCAAUCCUUUCUGACAUAUACCCCCGAUCCAUCCGACCCCACAGACCCCACCAACCACAACGGUCCCGACCUCUGGCUCAACACCCCUAUCCCCAACGUCCCCUCCCCCUGGAACUCCCUCCCCGCACCAGGAAGCUUCGCCUACCAAGAAUACACCUUCAGCCGACGUCUGCAUCGGGAAGCUCUCUACCGCGCCUCACGACUAAUCACCAUGGACCGCCCGCCUCCCGAUCGACUAAUGCGCGUGUUUGGUUUCGCGAGAUUGUUCGAGACGUACGAGCAGAUCCGUGAGCGGACGUUGGCUAUGCUGCAUCAGAGUGAGAGACAGCCGUUGCAUUAUUGGAAGUUUCCGUUUCAUAAUCUUGGUGGUGCGGGGACGCAUUUCCCGGCGCUGGGAGCGGGUACAAGUGAUCCAGAGAGGAAUCGGAUUAUUGGAGGUGGCGGUCAUGGGCACAAUCAGAGUAGUGGGAAUCUGAACGGCUACGGUGCUGCCGGAAAUACAGGUGCAGCAGGCACUCGACCCAAGGAAAGCGCUGGGUUUGCUAUGGGACCCUUCGAUCCGACGAUCAGUCGGAUACGCGACUCUCUUCUUGAUAUGGGUCAGCAGAUCCAGUUACCUGGCUUCGACGGCGCGUUUUGGGACGCCGACGAGGUCGAGUAUUAUAUGCAGCAGAAUGAGGUUUCCAUACCGGGGAGCUCCGAGUACUAUGCAGUGGAAAUUGACGAAUUUGCGUUUGGGGGGCCGUCAGGGGGGGUCAUGGCAGCGUCAGGGGCGGAGGCAAGGGCAGGGUUUGGAGAAGGGAGUGGGAGUAACCCUCAUUAUGAUAACAGUGCCUCUUCUGUGGUUUCGGGUGUUGGGAAUAUGAGUUAUGAGGAGUCGAGCAACGUGUCCAUGUCGACAGGGUUGUUGAGUUCGUAUGAGUCCAAACCAAGCGAGGGAUUCGGGAUGCCGUCCAGUAUGCUCCAAGUCGGUCAGACGCAGGCACGGCAAUGGGGACAGCAGCAGAAUCCUGCUGAUGCUGGAGAUCUCUUCGGCAUCACCUUCACCCAGAACAUCGGCGUACCCGGCCUAACCACGCCGUUUGACGGCGGCAUAGGAGCAAGUCUCCCGACAAACUUCACAGAUCCGUCACUAUUGGCUGCGAACUCCUUCCCCGACCUGUCCAAUACACCCGGUAUCACUGCGCCCAGGCCAGAAAAGAGAAUAUGGAGGAUUCAUGUUGCCAAGUUGAUUGAUCAACUCCUAUCGCGAUGCACCUGUCUUGGUCGCGCGCCCGGCUUCAGGCCCAAAGAUGUGAAUUCUGCUUUCUGGGCCAGUGUGGUGGAUCCUACUGUAGUACAAUGACUCGGCCAUCGAGGGAUAUGAGAGGUUACCAGCCAGAUAAUACUAGACCAGGUUAAUGCUUGAAUGAGAAACGAGGUUCGGCGCUGGGCAAAAAGAUCAUGGGAGCGAUGUCAGUUGAUUUCGUCUGCAAUGGGCAAUCUGAAAAUCUAAGGAUGCAGCGUGUUCAUCGUGCGUUGGACUUAUGAUGGGUAUCGGAAUUUUCGCAAAAGCACACAUACACAUGCAUCCACUCCAUCUCAAAUAUAUAAAGAAGGGUAAA